UUUAUCAAGAAUGGAUGAGAACAGCACCGUCACUGAGAAUGUCCCGGAUCUCAAAGACAUCGAGGUGAAAAUUGGACUGAAGACCCCCGAGGGACUGCUCAGGUGGAUGCGGGAAGAGGCCACAUCUCACCGGGGAGACGCCAAUAAGAUGACCGUUGCGCACGACCCGAGCAAGGAUACGGGCACGCGGAGUUUGGACGAGAAGAUCCGAAAACUCAGGAUAGAGAUGGCCUAUUUGCGCUCGGCGGAUGUGAAGAUCUUGCAGCAGUUAUUGGCGGUUCACGAGGGCAUCGAGGCAGUGAAGUGGCUGAUGGAGGAGAGGAGCACCUUGACCAGCCGCUGCAGCAGCUUGACCAGCAGCCAGUACAGCCUGGGGGAGGGGCCUGACACGUCCUGGAGGGGGUCCUGGAGCAGCCUGCAAGACCCUAAUGACAAACUGGACAACAUCUCCAUCGGAAGCUACCUGGACACCCUCGCCGACGACAUGGACGAAUACUGCCCCUCUAGCUCCGAUCAGUCCAUCAUCUGCUCUUCAACGCCGCAGGCUUCCGAGGCAACCGUGGCGGCGAGGACAUUGCCGAAAAGCGGUCUGAAAGCUAACGAAAAUGUGAAUAGUGUUAGUGUAACUGCAAAACCAACCGCAGCAAUCAGACCGAGAAUGGACAGCCCCAAGCGUGUGAACUCGCCUCCAACGUGGCAGAGGAAAACCCCAGAAUCUUCAGCCAAAAAUAGCCCAAUAAAACUGCAAUCGCAACUCAACAAACCGAACGGCGUGGUAGCAGAUAAGAAUUCUACCGCUACUGCUAAUACUGGAGCGACUGGGGUACAAAUGGGAAGUCCCCGGCACAGUAACAAAAGUCCUAGCCACAAAACAUACACCAAUGGAAAGAUAGACACAGACGCUUCAUGCAAACUCAACGGAAAAAACAUACAUCUAGAGUAUGACGCACACUGGCGCUGGGUCCAAUCCCAAGAAGAUGUGACGUUUUUGUGA